AACCCAUCACUUUCUUUCUCAAUUCUCCAACUUCCAUCUUAAAUUCCGUGUCUGAAUUUAUCUUCAUGCGCAAUGGGAUCUUCUGAAGAAACAUCAGCUCAGUUGGAACUCAUAAGGCAACAUCUCCUUACUGAUUUUGCUUCCAUGGAAACCUUCAUGAUUUCCAGCCCAUCUAAUGUUUACACCCCAAACCAGCAGCUAAAGCAAUCCACUCUUAGCCGACUUCGUCCUUGUAUUAACGUUAUGAUCCCACCUGCAAAUGUUAACAUGGCUUCGGCUCCGGUUGCAGUUGAAUCGUGCGAGGAGAGGCAUUAUAGAGGUGUCAGGAGACGAUCGUGGGGUAAGUUCACCGCUGAAAUCAGAGACCCUAACAAGAAAGGCGCCCGGGUUUGGCUCGGAACCUUUGAUACCGCCAUUGAAGCAGCUAAAGCGUACGAUCGAGCUUCGUUUAAGCUACGUGGGAGCAAAGCCAUAUUGAAUUUCCCUCUUGAAGCUGUGAAACCAAAUUCCUCGUUAUCAAAAGAUAAUUCGUUUUCAAGGAAAAGGAGAAGCGAAGAGGAUGAUGAAGAAGAAAAGAGAGUGAACUCGGAGUGUAAAGUAGUGAAAAGGAACGAGUUUAUGGCGGAGACCCCCAAGGAGGCGGUGCCGGAAAGUGUAACAACGUCGAAUAGGACAGGGUUUGAGGAUAACGGAGAUAUAGAUGAAAUAUUCAGUGUCCCUUUAUUAUCUCCUUUAUCCCUACCUCCAUGGUUUGGGUAUUCUACGCUUGAUGUUAUGUAAGCUAAGGA